AUGGCAAAGCGAGCAGUUCACUCCCUCAAGGCUCGCAACUCCCUAGCUAAAUGCUCGGAGAAGCUGAAGUCUCGCGACUUUGUCGAGCACCGGAUGGCACGUCGUGCCGAACUCAUCGAGAGCCAUUUUGAGAAGAGGACAUUGGAGACGAGGCAGUGGCAAAACAGGCCGCCGCCGCAGGCUCCUGGAAACACCUCCGAGCCUUGCAUCCUGACUCCGGAGGUGACGGUCGGACCUUACUACGUCAGCGAUGAACUCAUCCGACCAGACAUCAGCGAGGGCCAGGACGGAAUUGACCUCCUCCUCGAUUUCCAGUUGAUCGAUGUCAACACCUGCUUGCCCGUUCCGAGGGCUAUGAUCGACGUGUGGCAUUGCAACACCACCGGUAGCUACUCGGGUUUCGCCCAGGAAAAUACUGCUGAGUUAUCUUUCAACCGUGGUCUGCAGCCCACCGACCGCAAUGGAAUCAUGCACAUGAAGACCAGCUUUCCUGGAUGGUACCAAGGGCGUGCAACCCACAUCCAUAUCGCCGCCCAUAUCAACGGCAAAGUCAACCGCGAGACGCACACCUACGAAGGCGGCAUAACCAACCACGUCGGACAAGUCUUCUUCCCUGAAGACACCCUAACAGCAGUCGAGACCGUCGCUCCGUACAACACCAACGAAGUGAUCCGUCUCCGCAACGCGGAGGACGGAAUCUUUGUUGAGGAAAACACAGGCUACAACGCCGUCUCCGAGAUCCAAUUCCUCGGCAGGUCGAUCGAGGAUGGAGUUCUGGCCUUCAUCUCGAUCGGUAUCGACAUCUCGGCGAACCACACCGAUGCGCUGCUCGGUGGCGCUGGAGGUCCGGGUGGGCCUGGUGGACCGCCCAAUGGAACUUUCCCUAGCAAUGGGACGUUCCCUGGCGGAAACGGAACGACGCUGCCGGUGUAG